AAAAAAAAAAAAACGAGGGAGAGACGAGACGAGGGCUGAUAGAUAAGCAAGCGGCGCGACCAGCCCAGCCCUAACCCUAGCUCCCUCUCUCCCGCCGCCGACCUCCGCGGGAUCCAUCCGGACGGCGGCCCUGCCCCGCCCAGCCCCCCGGGGCGCCUCGGCCGGUGUGGCUGACUUGGUCCUUUUGAUCCGGUGGUGGCAGGCUACCGUGAGGGAGCGAUGGCUGUUGUCAACCCUAACAACCCUGUUAUGUUUGAUAAUGAUGACGAUGACGGCCCGAUUUCAUUCAAGAGGUCAAGCAACUCCAUGAAGAGCAGCCGACCUACCCCCUCGAAGCCGGAGGGCUCAUCAGGAAACGCUGCUGCGCCUGUCAGGAGCUUAAAACCUGUGGCUCCGAAUCCGCAGAAGAAUGGGGUGACCAAUACUUCGAGGCCACUGCAUCUGAAGCCGCAGUUGUCUAGCCCAAACCAUCGGCCUUCGGGAUCUGGGCUGCCAAACAGGUUGGCAGAACAUAGUUCUAAGAUCAACAAUGCUGAUAAGAGUAAACUUAAAAGACCUCUUGUGAAAGAAGAGCAGGCUGAUGAUUCAGAUGAUGACACAACACCAAUUGGGUUAAGGAAAAAGGUCGAGGAGAAGAAAUUGAAGAGAGUUGAUACAAGGGGUGAGAAGGCAGAUGAUUCAGAUGAAGACCAUAAGCCAUUGAGUCUCAAGAUCAACUCAUCCAAAAUGCCUGCCAAUAGCACGAGUAAGGCUGUUUUGCAGAAAACUGCACCAAAAAUUGAGCAGCCUGAUGACGAUUCAGACGAUGAUAAACCAUUGGCAAGCAGGUUGCCCACUAAUGCUGCUCCAAAAAGUGGAGGUAAUAUGUCUGAUGAUUCAGAGGACGAGAAGCCUUUGGCUGCCCGAUUUUCGAAAGUUACUGGCAAUGCAAAUCUAAAAUCAGGUUCUUCGAACAAGGGGUUAAAUAAUGAUGCAAACGACCCACGAAAUUUUGGUAAAAGGCCUCUAGAUAAUGAUAAUCAAACGAGUUUAGCUCUCAAGAAGGCAAAGCCUUCGAAUGUUUCAGCUUCUGCAAGUGUCAAAAGAGAAUCUAAGGCAGAUGACAAUGACAACAUGCCUCUUGCACAAAGGCUGAAAAUGGGCGAGUCUUCAAAAGGCAAACCAUCUGCAAAGAAUGUCACCAAGAAGAGUCCUGCAUCAUUGAAGAAGGACAGCAAGAAAAUGAAAACGAAAAUGAAAACAAAGAAGAUAAUGAAAAAUUCUCAGUUCUCUAAGAAAUUGAGGGUCCCUCCUGGAUCUGGUGGUGGACAGAAAUGGACCACCUUGGAGCACAAUGGUGUUAUUUUCCCUCCUCCAUACAAGCCUCAUGGUGUCAAAAUGCUUUACAAUGGGCAACUUGUUGAUCUGACGCCAGAACAAGAGGAGGUUGCAACAAUGUUUGCUGUGAUGAAAGACACAGACUAUGCGACCAAGAAGACAUUCACCGAGAACUUUUUCAACGACUGGAGAAAAAUUCUCGGUAAAAACCAUAUUAUCAAGAAAUUUGAGCUGUGUGAUUUCACCCCGAUAUAUGAAUGGCACCUCAGGGAGAAGGAGAAGAAGAAGCAGAUGACAUCAGAGGAGAAAAAAGUAUUGCGGGAAGAGAAAUUGAGACAAGAGGAGAAGUAUAUGUGGGCUGUUGUAGAUGGUAAAAAAGAGAAGGUCGGCAAUUUCAGAGUAGAACCACCUGGCUUGUUCAGGGGACGUGGAGAACAUCCAAAGAUGGGAAAACUGAAGCGACGCAUUCAACCAAGUGAUAUUACAAUAAAUAUCGGAAAAGGGGUUCCAGUCCCUGAGUGUCCGAUACCUGGAGAAAGCUGGAAAGAAGUCAAACAUGACAAUACUGUUACAUGGCUGGCCUUUUGGAAUGAUCCAAUUAGCCAAAAAGAUUUUAAGUAUGUUUUCCUGGCAGCAAGCAGUUCACUGAAGGGGCAAAGUGAUAAAGAGAAAUACGAGAAGUCCAGAAAAUUGAAGGGUCACAUACAAAAAAUUCGUGACAAUUACACGAAGGAUUUCAAAAGCAGAGAUCAGACAAGGAAGCAAAUUGCUGUGGCAACAUACCUUAUUGAUAAACUAGCCCUUAGGGCAGGCAACGAAAAGGACGAUGAUGAAGCUGACACUGUUGGUUGCUGUACGCUGAAAGUUGAUAAUGUUACUUGUAUGCCCCCAAAUAAUCUUCAGUUUGACUUUCUUGGUAAAGAUUCUAUAAGAUACUUCAACACCGUAGAGGUUGAACUGCUCGUGUACAAGGCAAUUGAGGAUUUCCGUGCUGGGAAAAAAGCGGGAGAACCUCUCUUUGACAAGCUCGAUACAACUAGGCUAAAUGCUCACCUGAAGGACCUAAUGCCUGGGCUUACUGCAAAAGUGUUCCGUACAUAUAAUGCUUCCAUCACCUUGGAUGAUAUUUUGCACAAAGAAACGGAAGAUGGAACUCUUCUUGAAAAAAUUGCUGUCUAUCAACUAGCAAACAAAGAGGUUGCCAUAAUCUGUAACCAUCAGCGUGCUGUCUCAAAAUCACAUGAUUCCCAGAUGACCAGAAUGAAUGAAAAGAUCGAUGAAUUAAAGGCCCAGAGGGAUGAGUUGAAAGUAGACUUGAGCAAAGCAAAGAAAGGAAAGCCUCUAGGCAAUGAUAAAGAUGGGAAGCCAAAGAGGAAUUUGGCGCCUGAAUUGAUUGAAAAGAAGAUUGCAGUGGCUGAAGCCAAGAUAGAGAAGAUGGAGAUGGAAAAGAAGAUAAAAGAGGAUUUAAAGACAGUAGCACUUGGAACGUCAAAGAUCAACUACCUUGAUCCUAGGAUUACUGUGGCAUGGUGCAAACGACAUGAAGUCCCUAUUGAAAAGAUUUUCAACAAAUCGCUUAUUGCGAAAUUUGGAUGGGCAAUGGACGUCGACCCGGAAUUCAGAUUCUAGGAGCACUGGUUGUGAUGCCCGGUCAGUUUGAUCCAGCUUCCAGUCCUUCUCCCGGACACUAAUUGCAGCUAGGAAAGGAAGAGCUCGGUGUUAGUUUUGUCAAGUCUCCCUGCUCCUGGAACGAAGGAAGCACCCGGCAUUCACUUUUUAGGCCAUUCUUCUUCUUCUUUCCCUCCCUCCCUCUUGGUGUACUUGCCACCGUUCGAUUGCGUUAAGUUCUGUAUGCAUUUGCUGAGGAAUUUGAUCUCGUUGAGAACGGAUGGACAAUCAAUUUAUACCGAGUUUGUCUCAAAGAUAGAUGACUUGUUAAGUGAUGGUCUCGUGGGACUGCAAUUGUGUAUCAUGAGGUUUCAUUUGGCCGAGGAAGUGAAGUGUGUUAAGUAUGUUGUACUCGAGAAGUGUUCAUUGGUAAUGGAAGAAGUGCCGAGGUGUAAAGUUUUGAUCAA